AUGUCUAAUAAAAUUAAUAAUAAUAAUGAUUACUUUGCAACACUUAAAAUUCUUCUUGUUGGUAACUCAAACGUAGGAAAAUCGUCUCUUCUAUUAAGAUUUACUGAUGACACAUUUUUACCACAUGAUGAAGUAUCAGCAACAAUAGGGGUAGAUUUUAAAGUACAUGAAAUGGUUGUAGACAGAAAGAAGUAUAAAUUAACAAUUUGGGUAUUUGUUUUAUUAAAAUAUUUUGAAGUAGAAUUCGAUUGUCAGGAACGUUUUAGAACAUUAACAUCUUCAUAUUAUCGCGGUGCUCAAGUAUAUGAUGUAUCAAUUCGUGAGACAUUUGAUCAAUUGGAUAAUUGGUUUAAUGAAUUAAAUACCUAUUGUUCAAAUAAAAAUAUAGCAAAAAUUAUAAUUGGUAAUAAAAUAGAUAAGGCAAAAAUAGUUAAAGCAAUUUCACGUAAAGAAGGUGAAGCAUAUGCAAAAAAAGUACAAACUUUAUAUACAGAAUGUAGUGCUAAAACAAAAUAUGGUGUGGAAGAAGCAUUUGCUGAACUUGUUAGAAAGAUUAUUGAAGAUCCAACUAUAUGGCAGAAAAAAGUUGACAAAACAAUUAAUAAUAAUGUUAAUAUAUUUUCACAGGACAAACAAAAAUCAAAUAAUGAUGGAUUUUGUUCGUGCUAA